AUGUCCACCGUUACUGUCAACUCCAACCCUCCGGCGCAAAACGAAGCCAAGUCAUCCAAGAAGAAGCGUGCAAAGGCAGAAACCCCCGUCAAUGCCUUAGUUUCAACCCCAACCCCUUCAAAUCCAGAUUCCGAUGCGAGGCUCGAGGCUCCUGUCAACGGCGUGAGUGAUGAUGCGGAGGGUGUGUUCAGAGAUCUGCAGAAGAACCUGCGCAACGCCUUGAAGAAACUGAAUGCAACUGCCAAGGUCGACAGUAUCAUUGCCGAAAACCCAGACAAAUCCCUCGAUGAGCUCAUUGCCGAGAAAAAGAUCAAUGCCGACCAAAAGGCGCAGGCUUUGAAGAAGCCAGCAUUGCAAGCUCAGGUUGCUCAGAUCGAAGAACAGAUUGCUCAGUACAAGCAGUUUGCCUUGCAUUACGAAGAACGUCUCGUUAGUCAGAAAACGGCCCUGGAGAAUGCACACAAGGAGGCCCUAGAGGCUGUGCGAGAAAAGGCUGUUGCAGAGGCCAAAGAGUCUCAGGAAAGCACACUGCGCUCGCAAUUGUUGACCUUGAGCCAGUUCCUGCGCACUGCGGCUUCUUUCAGGCGCGCAGGUGAAGAGUCUGUAGCUGAUGGUCCAGCUUUUGAGGGGGUAUUGCUCCAGAUUUACGGCGGCACUAAUGACGCUGUCGAUUCCAUGCUGAAACUAAUCGAGGGCUCCGAUGAGAAAAUUGUGGGCGUCGAUGAACAGCUUUUGGAUGUGACCUAUGCCCGAGUAAAACAGGUGGCGCAAGAACAAUCACCCCCGGUCCCGGAAGCAACCUGGACCGAUGAAGUUGCUGCUAGAAGCGCUGAGCCUGCAACUGACCCCACUGUUGCCAACGCUGGUCUCACAGAACUUCAAGAUACUACAAUCUCGGCUACGGUAGACGGAAGCAGCUUUGGAACCUCAGGCGCUGCAGUUCAAUCUGAAGAACCAGUCACUGCACCCACCAAAACAUUUGUAGGAAAUGCAGCAAACCAAGCCGCUGAGUCUAGUUGGGAACCGCAAACUACCGCAUCUGCUGAUGAAUGGGUUGAAGUGUCUCCUCAACCUGCCGAGACUGAGACUGGCACUGCCACCGCUGUCGAACCAUCUGGUAGCUGGGCGGAGGAUAUACCAACUGGUGCUGCACCGAUCGAAGGGGACGGCUUCGAACAAGUCAAGCAUCACCAACGCCAAAGCAGCGUCCGUGGACGAGGCCGUGGCGGUCGGGGUCGCGGUGAUGGAUCUCGUGGUCGUGGUGGACGAGGCGAAUUCAGAGGCCGGGGCCGUGGACGUGGUGAACACAAGGGCGGACGCGGUCGUGGUGGGCAUGGUCAGAACGGUAACCGUGGAGAAGCUGUUGCGGAUCAGUAA